UGCAGCAUCUUUUGAAUAAUAAUUGGUUGUUCUUGUAGUGCAUGUCAAACACAUUCUUCGUCUAUGCAUUCAGAAUUAUUUUUUUUUUCGCGAAGACAGUUAAUAAUUUUGGAUGAACAGUUAAACAUUUAGCCUAGAAUUUCAGAUUCCUCUCCUCUACUGGUGUACUAACUGUACGUCUGUUCUGUGACGGCGAUGCUCAGCAAUGCAAUGCUUCUCGCCCUUUGUUUUUUUAUCCAGCUCCGUAUUAACUUUUUCGAAAGCUAACGCUAAUUUGCUCCUCACCAUUCCCCUUUCUUCCCUAGCAUGGCUUAUAUUCACUCCCCGCUUCUCCCUGUUUGUAAAAAUGGAAACACUGCUGUGUUCACCGCCGCACUCCGGAGGCUCGUCAACAACCCCGAGUUCAGUGAUGUGAAGUUUGUGGUGGGCAAGGAGCAACAGGAGGUGUUUGCUCACCGCUGUAUCCUCGCCUGUCGUUGUGAAGUUUUUCAUGGUAUGUUCAGUCAGCAGCUUCAGACUGGUCGCCACACGGAACUGCUGGAGACUCCCAUUGUUCUCUCUGAAGCGCAGCCUGAGGUUUUCCUAGCUGUGAUUGAGUUUCUCUACACUAACUGUGUUACCUUAAACAAUCACAUUGCCUUUGAGGUGCUGACAUCAGCAGUGGAGUAUGGGCUGGAUGACCUGCGAAAGCUGUGUGUGGAGUUUGUAACAGAAACACUGACAGUGGAGACUGUAUGUGAAGCCCUGCAGGCAGCAGUGACUUAUGGGCAGUUGGAUAUGAAGGAGAAGUGCCUCAUGUUCAUAGAAAACCACACUUUGGAGAUUGUAAAGACUCGAGGCUUCCAUGAGCUCUCUGAUCUGGCAUUGGUGUCCAUUCUGCAAAGUGACCUGCUGCUGAUCGACGAGCUGGACCUUCUGUGUGCUGUGCGUGAGUGGGCACACGUCAAUUCAGUGGUUCUGGAGCUGCCCAUUCCUGAUGUAGCCAAAGAUGCUGUGACACAUUUGCGACUGUCCCUGCUGUCCCCUGAGGAACUCACCAGCCUGGAAAAAGAAAAUCACAAAGACGGUCUUAUUCCUGUGGAGCAGAUUGCGGCGGCCUGGAAGUUCCACGCGCUGAAGAAAGGCAGCCGGGGGGCCCGGCCCCAUCUGCCGUGGAGACGCAAGGGCACCCGACCGCGGGACCACCACCGUUACUUAAACCUGCAGCGCAAGUGAAAGGGUCACCCCGUCCCUUUCGCAGCACAGAAAGGAGAUGACAGGUCCUAUUCACACAGAAGGGAACUGCUGCUAGACAGUCUAGGCUGGGAUAUGCAAAACAGGGCCGCCCCUCAGCCUGGGCCCCAGCAACGGUUUUCCACUUGAAUGGAUCACAUUAGUCUAAUACAUGCGCAGGGUACGUGCACCUGUCUCGAGACGCAUUAAGGUAUUGAUGUGUGCAAAAGAGGAAGGUUAACAGGAGCUUAACCUUUUUUAUUCCUUGUUCUGGCCAAAUAUGCCGUGUUCUCCAGACGUAUUGGGACAACACAUUACGACUUGUUAUUUUACAGCUAAGCAAUUUGUAUCUGUCAUCAUGAGAUUAUUUACAAUAAAAUAUUUUUGAUACUACCAUGAAUACAUCUGAUCAAAUUGGGGGAAAACAAAAACAUACUUUGUGAUCCUCCUAUUGAUUUUAAGUGACCAGUAUUGGGUAAUAAUGAAGUAUUGGGACACAUUCAUUUUGAUGCUUUCCGUGAAAGUCAGUAUCGGUCACAUUUCCUUUUGAGUCAAUGACGGCAUGAGGUCUCCAACCUUCUGAGCUCAUCAAAGUCUUCGUGUGAACAUUUGACAUGCUUUGCUGCAGCCACAUUGAGUUAUUGCCUGUUCUUGGGUUGUUCCGACUUCAGUCUUCUAUUGAGCACGUUAAAAGUGUGUUCAAUAGGAUUUACACCUGGAGAUCGACUUGGCCAGUCUAGGUUUUUCUACUUUUUGUGCUUUUGUUGAACUGCUUGUUUGCAUUGGCCUUAAAGGGGAAUUGCAAUGAUCAUUUUUAUAUUUCAGGGAUAGAAAAAAUUGACAUUGGCGAGUGCAUUUCAAACGACAAUGAAAGUAAAAUGUACACAGUAAUAUGUAAAACCUCCAAUUUACAUCAGAAAAAGAGAAAGUUUCCAGCUAUGUAUAGCACCAUAUUGCCAUCAUUGUCUGUGAUUCAGAACGAGGCAACAAAACAGCCAUGCGAAUACAUCCCUUUUAAUCCAAUCGAAAAAUUGCUUUUGACUUUGAGACCGUUUCGCAUCUAUAUACUACUUGUUAACUCUGCAUGAAGUUCACAUUGGAACAUUUCUGUGGUCAAAUGUGUGCUGCACAAAUCGUACUUAUUCGCUGGCAUUACAUUAGUCAUUACAAUGACUAGUGAGCAGGAAGGGCCCGUGGCAAAAUUGGCGGUUUGCGAUAACAUGGCAACCAUACAGUAUUUUCACAGAGUUCACAAAUUUGUGCUUAAUUGGGAAUUCGUAAAAUUUUAGGAUACUGUCAGUUAAUUUAUUUUGCUGUUCCCCUUUAAGCUUUGGGUCAUUGUCAUGCUUCAUGGUGAAGCACUGCCAAGUAAGUAUGGAAGCCUUUUUCCUAUAUAAGAAUUAAUCACUUAUCAGAGAAACACUAUUAAGGUUCACAGUCUUCAGCCAUCAUCAUUAUUCAUUAGCCUUAUGCAGGCAGAACUUGGACAGAGCCCAGCUGUGUAAUGAUUUUCCCUGCCAUCUGUAUUUUUUUAAAGAAAUUACUGGAAUCCUUAGCAUUCGAGCUGAUGUGAAGCAUGCCGAGGGCAAAGGUAUGGAUUCUCUGAGCAGUCAAUUGAAACUGACAUAUUAUAUUUUAUUAGUAAAUGUACCUGAAUGUCUUUUAAUUUUUAAGAAAUAUUUUUCAUCCUAGAGAACUUUAGACAAAGUUAAAAUAAUCCUUUUGCAUUUCAUAAAAAGACCGUCUAAAUGAGUAAAUAUGUGACUAUAAUUAUUGCUGGCAUGAAUAUUUAUGUUAUUUCACAUAUUGGGCAAUCAUAAAAACUAGGCAGCAGAUCACAUAUUCUUGGAUGUCAUUUUCGGUAUAGCAGCUUUAAAUAAGGCAAAUAAGAAAUACAUUCUGUCACUUUCUUUAAGCAUUCACCUGUUCUACCACUGUGUUAUAUUGCAAUGGAAAUAUUAUUUGACUCAGGACCACAGAAAUCCCAAGGAAGACAGUUUUGAAAUGUAACCAAUUCAGAACAUAAAUGGAAGUGUAGUCAGACUUAUAUUUUUUUUAAAAUCUGUACAUCUGUAAAAAAAAAAAACUUAAGCUUUUGAAAUCAGAGAAGUGAUAUUGAUACAAAACAUGCAUAAGAUGAUUUUUCAGGGUCUUGACCCCACCCUUUUUCACCGUUUUCCUUUGGGUAGGAUGGAGACCAAAAUUCUGCCUGUAAGGUUGUCCAGUAUCAAAUAUAAGUUAAGUUCAUAUUUAAUUUAUAUUUAUGUGGUGUGUCUCCAAGGUUGUCAUGUUUUGUAAAAUCUGAAGGGUUCCUGAUUGUGUAUUUUCUUUACCAUCUAUAGUAUUAUUAAUGCAGACCUUUUGCUCAUUACUGAGGCUCUGCAGUUCUAUUUAUUCAAUGUUAUGACAGUUGACAACUGCCAGAAAUUAUUGAUGGCAAGCAUCACUUCUAAUAUUUUGGACAAUAUGUUAGUAGUCUUGUCAACUAAGUUUCCUGUAGCUUUUUUAGUAGAUGAUCUGUUCUCGUUUGUUAUAUUUAUUGUUGACUUUUAAAGGCCAAACGUCAGAAGCUGACCUUUAAAUGUUUUAAAGUAUAAAAAGUACUUAAAAUAAAUACUUGUUUGAAAUAUUCAAAAACAAUUUAGAAGUCGAAGUAGUACUUGUAACGAAACUAAAAUGUAUCCUUUGACAUUUAUGUUUUUUAGUCGAUUUGUCAAUUAAGUUUUAUCUAGCCUUGAAUGGGUUAGGCUUAGAAUGCCUAGAGCAAUCGAUCAGAAUGAAAGGGUUGGUUUUAAAAUGCUUAAUCAGAACCAGUCAUUAAAAGGGAAUGUCAGGCAGGAGGCAAUAAUGGGUUGAACAAAUAAAAACUUCCCCAUUGAAUGCAUUUUAAACAAAUGACCACAUUAUAUGGUAUGUAACUUCCAAUUAGACUAUUUUUUAUACAAAGAGGAAAGUUUGUAAAAAUCCUGUUUGUAUUUCAUUAGGUUUUUACAAACAAAGGAACUUCAGGGCAGAAUGCAAUUUUAUUUUUUACAGAUGUAUUUUUGUCUUCCAGAAAAUCUUCUCUCUCCCUCGUAAAUGAGUGCAUGACAGACUGGAAAAAAUGUGGGGAUUUCCCUGUGAUAACUUAAAUUCCUUUAUCCUUUUAAACUGCCACAACAGAGAGCCUCCAUUAAUGAAUAACCCAGACGCAGGCAGCUGUGCAGUCAUACCAGGACUUUGUGAGCUGCUUUCUAAAUAUUUCAUAUCUAAAAAGAACAAAGCUGGAAAUGCAGUGUUUUCAGCGCGUUUCAGUAGCUUUACCAAAGACAGUUCUUCCAGCCUUUUGUGAUAUGUUGGUUUCUGAAUCAUUCACAAUCCAAAAAAUGUAUUAAUUUAGCAUACUAUUGUAUAGCUCGGAUAUAUGUAGGAAUAAUAUGCUGAAACAAAACGGUUUAUAUGUUUUCCUGUUUGUUGCCAUGAAGACCUCUGACAAGACAUUGCAAUUGAUGUCAAUAAAUAUUGCUGUUUUUUAUGA